AUAGUAGCUGAAGAAAUGGGAGAUAUCAAAGUUGAAUUUUCCGUACAAAUGCGAGGAGAGCAUUGUGCUGAAAGAGUACGCAAUGCCCUUCAAGGUACUAGUAAAGUUGACAUUGAUUCCUCCGAAGGACGAGUUACAAUAGAAACAAAAGAACCGUGGUAUGUUAUUAAGGAUAAAAUCGAGAGCACUGGACGAAAGGCUGUAUUAGUUGGAUUUGGUGGACAGUCUGCGGUUGCGAUUAUAAAUACUACCGGCAGUGACGUUGACCGUACACCGAUACAAGGAAUUUUGCGUUUUUGUGCGUUAACAAAAGAUAAUCCAGGCGUGGUGGUGGAUGGUGUUGUAGACGGUUUGACGCCUGGAUUACAUGGUUUGCAUGUUCACGAGUCCGGGGACGUAUCAAGUGGUUGUGCUUCCAUCGGAGAACAUUACAAUCCACGCGGCUCACCACACGGCAGUCCGGAAAAUGCACCUGAUUCACGGCAUGCGGGUGAUUUGGGCAAUAUACGCGCUGAUGAAAGUGGUCGUGCUACCUUUCGUUUUGUCGACCCUGUAUUAGCUGUGUGGGAUAUUAUUGGGCGCUCAGUGGCGAUAACAGCGAAUGCUGACGAUUUGGGGAGAGGUGGCAAUGAACAGAGCCGCAUUGAUGGCAACGCUGGUGAACGCAUUGCUUGCGGUAUAAUUGCACGUUCAGCAGGAAUUAUGGAAAAUUUCAAAAAGAUUUGUGCUUGCGAUGGCGUGACGCUAUGGGAUGAAAGAAAUAAACCUAUAGCUGGUGGAAAUCGGGCACAAAAAUUAUAAACGAAGGAUUUCGGUAGAGUUAAGCAUAUAGUUAUGUCUACAUAAUAAGAGGUACGCUUAAGGUGUAAUAAAACAGGUGAUAUGAAGUGAUAUAAUAAAUAUGUAGUUGCAU